AUGCAGGCAAGUGGGGCCAGUGAGGACAGGUCAGCUGUCGCUGCACCUUCAGUUCAAAAGAGUGGAUACAGUCGUGAUAGCAGGAUGAGGUACCAACACAUGCGGUGCUCAGGUGGUGAACAGAAGAAUCGGCUGCGCGAUGGAUCACGAAACAGGCGUAGCGAAUCUCCAGCGAGAGAGCGCCUCAGCCGACAUCGUACUAGACAGAGCUCUCGAGACUUGAGGCCAAGCCCAGGGCGCGCAGAAAGGUACAGAUCUCGAAAUGAUGGGCAAAGGGCGACACACGGAGCGCGAUACUGCAGGCACAGCCCAACCAAUUCCAGACAUUACCGCAACAGCUUACGUAGAGUGUCACGAUCCAGGUCCUGUCGUCGGGCCUCUCCGUAUCACAGGGAGAACGACACACGACGAAGAAACGACAGUCGUACGCGCUCUUCAGCUUACAAAUCGCGGUCAUCUGUUGGUCAGAGAGGUGAUAGUCCUUCUCCAAAAAGACAGGAAAAGUCGGAGACAAACGGGCGCCCAGAUAGUCACAUGAGAAGCAGGGCAGCUCCGGCUAUUGCAACGAUUGGUAGUCGUGAAUCAUUUCGACGUGCCACAGGACAGACCGUUCCGAGACGGUGCAGUGACUCACCAUGCUCAUCUCGCAGUCGUCAGUCCAGAUCAAGGGCAAGGAAAAAUGGGAGCCGAGAGGCGCGCCGAAGCCAACCGCGCCGUUCAGGUCCGUGGACAAGGACUUCUUCACUCGAUCGUCCGCUCAACAGGGAAUCUUUAGGAGUGAAGCGUGAUCAAAAUAAAGUGAAUCAGGGUGCGAUGGUAGAGGCCAAAUGCUCUGAGUCGGAACGGGCAUGUGUAGGCGCGCAUCUUCCGUCACGCAGUCGGUCUCUUAGGUCGGUGUCAGCCAGUGGCUCAUCCGAGGUCAGUGGUUCUCGACAGCGGGUAGUACCUGACGACAACCGGAAUUCAACUGAUGGCGCGGCUCAUUUUGUGAACCAGACGAACACUGGAGAUAAGGCGGAGCAGGCUGUGGACCAUGAUGGCGUGCAUCAUGGCGAGUCACAAGAAAAAGGUGAAGACGUUGGAGAGCCACAGCGGACAGCAGCCGAAUCCGAUUCAGCGGCGUCGGCGCAUGAACUGGUUGGUCUAGGCAGACGUAAGAGGGUACGAUCAUUAGAUAGAGAGGAGAGCAUCAACAGGCAGUCACUGCCGCCGAGGGUCGAUGACGGAAGUCAGGCUCUCAACCGGGAACACCCCUCCACCACGGAAAAAAGAGGCAUCGCAGAUCACGCAGCUCCGUGUGACGUUGAGCAGGGCAAGCGGCGUGUACUGCAAAGCCUAAAUGCAAAAGAUAAUGGGCAGCAACACGGGAUGGAGAGCUCUGUUGCACGUAAUUAUGGCAGGGACACAUCUGAGGCACUAAGCAGGUGCACUGAUGGGCGACUUGUCUUAGCCGCCGAGGUUGCCGGCCCGGAUACCAGAGCAAGCGAACUCUCGAGAGAUAUGAAAGUCCAGCGCCGCCGCGCCUUCCGGAAGGAGCCAUUCCAACGCGAGAGACACCUCCACCACGAAAAACGCGUCACAGUGGAGCGGGCCAAUAUCGGGCCAACAGCUGAUCCCGCUUCCACAGGUUUUGGGCGUCACCUAUCAGAUCGUCAGCCCUCUCGAAUUUUGAGGCAGCCUUUACCUGUUGGGACCCAAUAUGGAAGACACCUCAGGAACAAUCCUCCGUUGUUAGGGCAGCGGCAACAGGACUAUCAGCGGAGCAGUCGUCGUUUCCCACUCAAUAGUGGUUCUUUGGGCCCGCCAUUAUCGCGGUCUCAGUGGUCGUACCCUCCAUCUCAAUGGAGUGCCCCUACUGUAGUACAGCACACUUAUCCGGUGUCAUCUAUUCAAAGACCACCGACCAGGAGUUCACCGUGGAACGGAGGACCCGGCGGGCAGAACUCAAAGUGGACGCAUGACAUGUACGAGCAAAUCGCACAUGAGCCAGAGAGGAACCGGAAACGGUUUAACCUAUACGGAGAAACACUUGAAGCUGUUGAUUGA